UCCGAAUUCCAUUGUCUGAACUCUGAACUCCCUAUCAAGAGAGAGAGAAGGAGAAAGAGACGAUUUACUAGGUGAAGAUGUUGGGAGUUUUCAGUAGCUCGAUCGUGUCGCCACCGGAGGAGCUGGUAGCCGCCGGCAGCCGGACUCCGUCGCCCAAGAUCACGGCGACGGCGCUGGUGAACCGGUUCGUGGAGACCAAUGAGUCCGCUGUGUCCCUGCAGGUCGGAGACAACGUCCAGUUGGCUUACACUCACCACAAAGAGUCGCCGUUACUGCCCAGGUCGUUUGCCGUGAAGGAUGAGAUAUUUUGCUUGUUCGAGGGGGCGCUCGACAACUUGGGAAGUUUAAGGCAGCAAUAUGGUCUAGCCAAGUCUGCGAACGAGGUGAUAUUGGUGAUCGAGGCGUACAAGGCGCUUCGUGAUCGCGCUCCGUAUCCUCCCAACCAUGUUGUCGGCCACCUCAGCGGGAAUUUCGCUUUCGUCGUCUUUGACAAGUCUACCUCAACCCUCUUCGUUGCUUCUGACCAAUAUGGUAAGGUUCCUCUGUAUUGGGGAAUCACUGCUGACGGAUAUGUCGCCUUCGCUAACGAUGCAGAUUUGCUUAAAGGUGCUUGUGGCAAGUCACUUGCUUCUUUCCCUCAAGGGUGUUUCUUCUCCACAGCAGUAGGAGGACUGAGGAGCUACGAGAAUCCUAAGCAUAAGAUCACUGCGGUGCCUGCUGCUGAUGAAGAGAUCUGGGGUGCAACAUUCAAGGUGGAAGGGUCAGCAGUUUUUGCAGCCACAGAGUAGAAGACUCUGCUUGAAUGGUGGACGGACAUAAUCUAUAUAUACUUGUGGGAUGGAGAUGGAGAGGUUUUUAUAUGGCAAGGGUAUGCAUGCAUGAUGGGCCAUGUAAAUACCUGAAUGAGUGAGAGAUCGUGUCUGUUGGUAGACUCUGUUUUUAUGUGUAGUUAGCCUUCGCUCUAAGCUUCAACCAAUGUACAGCUUCCCUUUCUAGUGUAAUAAAACAAGGUUUAAGGAUUUCAA